UAACAUCGUGAAGACCACACACGACCAUCAUUAUUCGUGAUGUGAAUUCCUGUGCUACAAAGGUUUGUGUUUGCUGGCGACGCAUAUAACAUCAGCUGCUAAGAUUGUUGGACGACAUCACCUACGGUAAAAGACGUAAUGAUGACAUGGGUUAAUGGUGUGUCUGUGUGGAGUUUAUUUCUUCUGCUAUAUAUUACUGUAUCAUAUUCCCUCGAUCUAUCAGCUUUCGGAAAUUUACAUAUACCGGAUGUGAAUUCAGAUCACAACUCCAUACAUGGAGGUGUUAAAAUGGGAGUGCUGGACGACACGUGUGACAACGGAAAAGACCGUAUAGACGUUGACCUAUCAAUGAUGAGUGAGAUGACACGUAAAUGUCCUCCGUCAAACAGACUACCAGUACCCACGUGUAAGCUUUGGAGACGUGAUAAAUUCUCGUUGAAAAGUGUUUCCUGCAAAACACCAGAGCCGAUCUGUACCAAACGAGCACACCGGCCUAUUCACCAGUGUAUGGACAAAGUAAUCGUUUAUAAAGACGAUAUACCGACAAGUGGUGCCCAUCGCCCUAUCUGGCCAGUGUAUGGAGAAUAUGACUAUUUACCCCCUCAGCGGUGGAUACAUUCGCUAGAGCAUGGAGCAGCAGUAUUCUUAUACCAUCCAUGUGUAGAUCAUCGUCAGCUUGAUGUCUUCCGGUCAUUAGCGACAUCCUGCCUCAGACGUCACAUUAUUACUCCGUACAACCUGACUCAGGACAAGCCGUUUGCCAUACUGACGUGGACAUGUCGGAUGAUGUUGGACAGAGUGGACAUCCAUAUCCCUGCGGCAGUCGACUUCCUUCGGGACAAGGCUUUGCAGACCUACGAAAGCAAUGUGUAUCAAGAUGGCGACUACAAAUUUCUUCUCAAGAAAAUUGCCAAAACCGUGACAGACAAACAAGAUUAUGUUGUGUGUCCAUAAUUAAUUUCGUAAUUCUCAAGUUAUUUCUACAAUGAUGGCGUUGUCUUUGACGUUCACAAAGUAUUACAUGACAGAAAUUGUUUGGCUUUGAAUUCUGGACAAGUGAAUUAGCCUAAUAUUAAGUAUGCUGAGAUAAUAUUAACAUCAAAAACGCAACUGUUCUUUGUAAUUUGGUCACGUGACUACCGUAUUUUGAUA